AAUUUACACCUACCUGCAUAUAUAUUAGAGAAAUAUCAAAGGUUUUCUGUCGGCUUUUUGUGUGUCAUUUCUCUCUGGUUACUGUUACACAAAGGGCUCGAAGACAAAUGCUGAAACAGCCGAUGAACGUACGCGUUGUUUGUGUGCGACGUUUCUCCAAGAAUGUGAAGGUGGGGCGUUUUGCGAUAUUCAGGAAAUUAUCAUUUUUCUGUUUUUCUCAGAAUAGAUGUACGAGUAUAUUUAGUUUUUUUUCAUAGCGUGCUUACACUUCUAAGAACUCUUUGAAUGUUUCCCUAUUUAACAUAAUGAUGAAGAGAAAACCCAACCAACAUCAACCCCCAAACAGGAGAGGAAGGGUCAGUGCUAGUGCCGGUGGGCAAAUUGACUCACCGGACAACAAUACCAUGACUGACUCCGAGACGGUUCCACUCCCUCCAUCACAAAAGAGGCACCUGACCAUGAUGCAGCAUGGCGACAACCUCCUCAAGUUUCUAAACGAGGACCGAACGAAGCAAAGGUUCUGCGACGUCUCCGUCAGUGUGGGCGGGAAGUGCUACAGCGCCCACAAAGCCAUGUUGGCGCACGGUAGCAGCUACUUCCACGCCGAGCUGACCAAAAACCCGAACGCCGACCACGUGAUUCUCGACCACGUGGAGGAUUCCGUGUUCCAACACUUACUGCGCCUCCUUUACACGGCCGAGUGCGUCAUCUCCGAGAGCGAGGUCCCUGCCCUGACUGAAGCGGCCGGCUUCCUGGACAUGAUGGAUGUAGUGAACCUCCUGGCAGGAGAGGGGGAUGUCCGGCCAGCGCUUGCUCGAGUGGAGGUUAAGUCCGUGGGGGAACCAAGCGCAGGGAAGGCCUCUAAAGCUUCUGACCUUCCAUCGGACUGUGUCGGGGUCCAAAGCCCAGUCCAGGCUGGUGCCCACCAUUGUUCGUUCUGCAGCCGUACAUUUUGCUACAAGAAGUCUAUGGAGAACCAUUUAACCAGGAAUCACAGUAGCAGCACCGAGGGAGAUGCCAGAGAAAAGGUGGUCACUCAAGAGAUUACUACCACGGUAACCACGAACCGGAGGUCUGCCCGCAGGAGGAAGGUUCCCGCCAAAUUGGAGAGAGGUGUUGCAACAGAGGGGAAGCUACAUCACGACCCCGCUAGUAGAGACCCAACCACCACAGAGGAAGACGAGGAGGAGGAGGAGGAAGAAGAAGAAGAAGAAGAAGGGAGAAAACCAAAGCACAAAUCCGACACAGGAGACGCACUCACCCCAACCGAGGGGGAGGAGGCGGAAGAGGAGAGGGAGGAGGAUGAGGAGGAGAUGGUGGUGGAACGUAAGAGUGCGUUAGUACGGGGAGCAAGAGAGAGCGGUGAGAGUUCAGAGGUGGAGACAACAGAACACCAGACAGUCAAUGAGGUGGAGGUGUAUAGUCAGGCUGCAGAUGGCUCUAACUAUGGACCAGUGUACCCAGAGGGACUGGCUCCUGUCAUCAUCCAGAGCGUCAGCAAGAAGACGCUCAAGUGCCCCAAGUGUGACAAGACCUUUGACCGCACAGGGAAGUAUGAGAGUCACACCAGGGUGCAUACAGGAGAGAAGCCCUUCCAGUGUGACGUGUGUCUACAGUGUUACUCCACCAAGUCGAACCUCACCGUGCACAAGAAGAAGCAUGCCAGUGACGCCCCCUUCCAGAAGAAAGACCACAAGUGCUCCUUCUGCAACAAGCUGCACGCCAGCAAAAAGACCCUGGCCAAACACGUCAGAAGGUUCCACCCGGACCACAUUCAAGAGUUCCUGGCCAUGAGGAAGAAGAAGAACGAGGGAUGGAAGUGUGAUAUCUGCCACAAGUCUUUCACACGUAGGCCUCAUCUGGAAGAGCACAUGAUUCUACACACGCAAGACCGACCCUUCAAAUGUGCCUUCUGUGACGACUACUUCAAGUCCAGGUUUGCCCGCUUGAAGCAUCAAGAAAAGUAUCAUUUAGGUCCGUUCCCUUGUGACAUCUGUGGCCGCCAGUUCAACGACACGGGUAACAGGAAGAGACACAUUGAAUGUACACAUGGGGGCAAGAGAAAAUGGACCUGCUUCAUCUGUGGGAAGUCAGUGAGGGAGAGGACAACGUUGAGAGAACAUAUGCGGAUUCACAGUGGAGAGAAACCUCACCUCUGCAGUAUCUGUGGACAGAGUUUCCGCCACGGCAGCUCUUAUAGGCUUCAUCUUCGAGUCCACCACGACGACAAGCGCUACGAGUGUGACGAAUGCGGAAAGACGUUCAUACGCCACGACCAUCUGACCAAACACCAGAAAAUACACUCGGGGGAGAAAGCCCACCAGUGCGAGGAAUGUGGAAAGUGUUUCAGGCGCCAUGAUCACCUGACCGUCCAUUACAAAAGUGUCCACCUGGGAGAGAAGGUGUGGCAGAAGUAUAAAACAGCUGUGCAUCAGUGUGAGGUUUGUAAGAAGGAGUUCAAAGGGAAGUCCAGUCUGGAAAUGCACUUCAGGACACAUUCAGGUGAGAAACCUUACAGAUGCCCCGUGUGCCAACAGACGUUCCGCAUCAAGAAGACCCUCACCAAGCACAUGGUGAUCCACUCGGACGCCCGCCCCUUUAACUGCCCGCACUGCAGUGCCACCUUUAAAAGGAAAGACAAGCUGAAGUACCAUAGGGACCAUGUACACAGCGCUAAGUACACUGAGCAGCAGCAGCCUCUGGUAGUGCUGACAGAGGACAAGAUGGUGACUCUGCCCUAUAAUACCCACGGCCCCUCCAAGGUGUACCGGGCUGAACCAAAGACCGUUCUCCAGAACGUUCCCUCCGACGUGUGUGUGCCUGUCACGCUGGUGCCUGUCCAGAUGUCCAGGGUGGUCCCGGGGGUACAGGGUGACCUGGGGGGACAUGUAACCUGCCCGCCCCAGGGCCAGGGGCAGCAGCAGACAGCUGGAGGGUACCAGAAUGCCACGGAGCUGGCGUUCCUGGAGAAGUACACGCUUACCCCCCAGCCGGCCAACAUUGUGCACCCGGUGCGGCCCGACCAGAUGUUGGACCCCAGGGAUCAGUCUUACCUGGGCACCCUGCUGGGCCUGGACUCUGCCACCCCUGUCCAGAACAUCUCUAACUCGGACCACGUCGCCCACUGAUCAUCCCUCUCUAUACUUCCCGUUUGGUAACAGUUUAUUUAAAGGCUUAUUCAGGGCAGAACGCUCUGAUGGAAACAGAUGGUGUAGAUCAGACCUAGCUCUCAGCCGUGUGGAACAGGGAAUGUCGUCAGAUGCAUUUGUGAUAUUUUUAUCUGCAACCGUCCAAACGUUGCACCACGUUGAUUGAGCCCCAAGUCUUCUAUCAAAUUGGCUGCUUAUCUUCAAAGAGCACUUUUUAAAGUUUCUCUUGUCGCACAAAAGCCUAAGAUCUCUGUCAUUCCAUGAAAUGAGUGUGAGUGAGUGAUGUAUAUUGUGACAGGAGCCUGAUUGUCCCCAUACAAAAGGUAAUUCCAGAACAGGUGUCUCCAACUCAUUUCCAAUGAGCUGGCUGUAAGUCUAAAUCUUACAGGUGUAAUCUGGAUAUUUAUUCACAAUUUAAAUUGAAUCAAGGUAUUACACAACGCAUUUACCCCCAUUCAAAUCAAGUUCCAUAGUAUUCCACAUGUUCCUUACCAGUUACCACAGAACUCUAUUGUGAUAAUGAAUCUUGGUGUUUUCAGCCUGUUGCUCCGGGGUGAAGUUUCUCCUGUACAGACCUAGGAUCAGAUUCCCCUCCCCCAAUCGUAGCCAUAACCAAUUACACCAUCAGGAGGGAAAAUGCAAAACUGAUCCAGGAUCAGCGUUUAGGGGUGACGUCCCUACACCCAGCGGGCUCCUCAAAACUAGAAAGGUCUGUUUAAUCAGUGUACCAUGAGGUCAACCACUUCUGAAUCAAUCUUUAAAAGUAUUCUGUAUAUAAUGUAUAUCAUGUACUACCUCUGUCUUUCAAAUGAAUUGUUUGUACCCGGUUACUUCCUCAUACCAUGUUGUUUCUUUCACAAUGGACAGGAGGGAACAGCCUGUAUGUAUAAAACGUCCUGAUCUAGGAUCAGGUCACCCCCCCUGUCCAGGUAAUCUUAUUCAUUAUGAUCUAAAAGGCUAAACUGAUCCUAAAUCAGCACUGCUACUUUGAGAUGCUUGAUACAUAUGAUGGGUUUCUGUCUGGGGAUAUACUGUAUGUUGCCUUAUAGGGGAUCACCAUGUUCAUUAAUGUGCAUUUAUAAACCGGGUGGUUCGAGCCCUCAAUGCUGAUUGGCAGAAAGCCUUGGUAUAUCAGACCAUAUACCUCGGGUAUGA